AUGCCACGCACCGGCACACACACGAAGCACGUUACUCGCGACGAUCGUGCUCGGAUACGUACCCUUUACUACGAUGCCGGUUUCACGCAGUCUCGGAUUGCUAGCAUUACAGGCUUGACCAUUAAUCAAGUCAAACGCAGCGUGGCUGCCAAAGACGCCGAAAUUCGACCUCGUUCUGGCCGGCCCCCAGUAAUGCUCGCCGAAGAUGUCGACCUUAUGAUCGAGUAUAUCAAGGGAUCAAAGAAGGGGCGUCAAGCGACUUCUGCAGCGAUCUCAGAAGACCUUUUCAAGGGCCGAUACGGCAAAUACGCUAUCCGAUCAACUUUACGGCGCUUAGGCUAUACGAGUAAAUCGUCUUUGCCGCAGAAAGCAUCGGCUACGGCAACACAAUCCAGUAAUUCAACAGAACCAGUGUCUUUGCAGCAGAAAGCAUCGGCUCCGGCAACACAAUCGAGUAAUUCACUAGGGUCAGUGUCUUUGCAGCAGAAAGCAUCGGCCCCGACAACACAAUCUAGUGAUCCAUCAGAGUCAGUGCAACAACGGCACGAAUAA